AUGUCUUAUGAACCACUUCGUGUCCCAGACAAUGGUGAUAUCAAUAGAAUAAGAAGAAACUCUUUAUUAUUAGGUUCUUCAACAAACAAAAUCUUGGUUGCAAACAGAGGUGAAAUCCCAAUCAGAAUUUUCAGAACUGCUCAUGAAUUGUCUAUGCAAACUGUUGCCAUCUAUUCCCAUGAAGAUAGAUUAUCAGCUCAUAGAUUGAAAGCCGAUGAAGCUUAUGCUAUUGGUUACAAAGGUCAAUUCUCACCAGUUCAAGCUUAUUUACAAAUUGAUGAAAUCAUUAAAAUUGCUAAAGAACAUAAUGUUGAUAUGAUCCAUCCAGGUUAUGGUUUCCUUUCAGAAAACUCUGAAAUGGCUAAAAAAGUUGCAGCUGCUGGUAUUACUUGGAUUGGUCCUACUGCUGAAAUCAUUGAUUCAGUUGGUGAUAAAGUCUCUGCUAGAAACUUGGCUGCCGCUGCCGAUGUCCCUGUUGUUCCAGGUACUGAUGGUCCAAUUGAUUCCGUUGAAGAAGCUCAAGCCUUCGUUGCUCAAUACGGUUUCCCAGUUAUCAUUAAAGCUGCCUUUGGUGGUGGUGGUCGUGGUAUGAGAGUUGUUAGAGAAGGUGAUGAUAUUGGUGAUGCUUUCCAAAGAGCCAAAUCAGAAGCCAUUACUUCUUUCGGUAACGGUACCUGUUUCAUUGAAAGAUUUUUAGACAAGCCAAAACAUAUCGAAGUUCAAUUAUUAGCUGAUAACUAUGGUAAUGUUAUUCAUUUAUUUGAAAGAGAUUGUUCUGUUCAAAGAAGACAUCAAAAAGUUGUUGAAGUUGCUCCAGCUAAAACUUUACCACAAGAAGUUCGUGAUGCUAUUUUAACUGAUGCUGUUAAAUUAGCUAGAACUGCUAACUAUAGAAAUGCUGGUACUGCUGAAUUCUUGGUUGAUGCUCAAAACAGACAUUAUUUCAUUGAAAUUAAUCCAAGAAUUCAAGUUGAACAUACCAUCACUGAAGAAAUCACCGGUGUUGAUAUUGUUGCUGCUCAAAUUCAAAUUGCUGCAGGUGCUUCAUUAGAACAAUUAGGUUUAUUACAAGAUAGAAUUACCACUAGAGGUUUUGCUAUUCAAUGUCGUAUUACUACCGAAGAUCCAGCUAAGAAUUUCCAACCAGAUACUGGUAAAAUUGAAGUUUAUAGAUCAGCUGGUGGUAAUGGUGUCAGAUUAGAUGGUGGUAAUGGUUUCGCAGGUGCUGUUAUCUCACCUCAUUAUGAUUCUAUGUUGGUUAAAUGUUCAUGUUCAGGUUCAACUUAUGAAAUUGCAAGAAGAAAAAUGAUUAGAGCUUUAAUUGAAUUCAGAAUUAGAGGUGUUAAAACUAACAUUCCAUUCUUGUUAACUUUAUUAACUAAUGAUGUUUUCGUUGAAGGUUUAUACUGGACUACAUUCAUUGAUGAUACUCCAAAAUUAUUCGAAAUGGUUUCAUCUCAAAACAGAGCUCAAAAAUUAUUAGCAUACUUAGCUGAUUUAGCUGUCAAUGGUUCAUCAAUUAAAGGUCAAGUCGGUUUACCAAAAUUAGAUAAAGAACCAACUAUUCCAGAAUUACAUGAUUCUAAAGGUCAAGUCAUUGAUGUCAACAAAUCUGUUCCAAAAGGUUGGAGAGAUGUUUUAUUGGCUGAAGGCCCAGAAAAAUUUGCUCAACAAGUUCGUAACUUUGAUGGUACUUUAAUUAUGGAUACUACUUGGAGAGAUGCUCAUCAAUCUUUGUUAGCUACUAGAGUUCGUACUCAUGAUUUACUUGCUAUUGCUCCAACUACUGCUCAUGCUUACGCUGGUGCUUUUGCUUUAGAAUGUUGGGGUGGUGCUACAUUUGAUGUUGCUAUGAGAUUCUUACAUGAAGACCCAUGGGUUAGAUUAAGAAAAUUAAGAAAAUUGGUUCCAAAUAUUCCAUUCCAAAUGUUAUUAAGAGGUGCUAAUGGUCUUGCUUACUCAUCAUUACCAGAUAAUGCUAUUGACCAUUUCGUUAAACAAGCCAAAGAAAAUGGUGUUGAUAUCUUCAGAGUUUUUGAUGCUUUGAACGAUUUAGAACAAUUGAAAGUUGGUGUUGAAGCUGUCAAGAAAGCUGGUGGUGUUGUUGAAGCUACCGUCUGUUAUUCAGGUGAUAUGACUCAACCAGGUAAGAAAUAUAACUUGGAAUACUACUUAGAAAUCACUGAUAAGAUUGUUGCUGCUGGUACUCAUAUUUUAGGUAUUAAAGAUAUGGCUGGUACUUUAAAACCAAGUGCUGCUAAAUUAUUAAUUGGUGCCAUCAGAGAAAGACAUCCAAACUUACCAAUCCAUGUCCAUACUCACGAUUCAGCUGGUACUGGUGUUGCUUCAAUGGUUGCUUGUGCUCAAGCUGGUGCAGAUGUUGUUGAUGCUGCUACCAACUCCUUAUCUGGUUUGACUUCUCAACCAUCAGUCUCUGCUAUCUUAGCUUCAUUAGACGGUGACAUUAACACCAACAUCAAUGCUAACCAUGCAAGAGAUAUUGAUACCUAUUGGGCUGAAAUGAGAUUGUUGUACUCAGUCUUUGAAGCUGACUUGAAGGGUCCAGAUCCAGAAGUUUACCAACACGAAAUUCCAGGUGGUCAAUUAACCAACUUAUUAUUCCAAGCUCAACAAGUUGGUCUUGGUGAAAAAUGGAUUGAAACUAAAAAAGCUUAUAGAGAAGCUAAUUACUUAUUAGGUGAUCUAGUUAAAGUUACUCCAACUUCAAAAGUUGUUGGUGAUUUAGCUCAAUUUAUGGUUUCAAACAAAUUAACCCCAGAAGAUGUUAAGAGAUUAGCUUCUUCAUUAGAUUUCCCAGAUUCAGUUUUAGAUUUCUUUGAAGGUUUAAUUGGUCAACCAUAUGGUGGUUUCCCAGAACCAUUAAGAACUGAUGUCUUAAGAGGUAAGAGAAGAAAAUUGAAUGUUAGACCAGGUUUAGAAUUAGCUCCAUUUGAUUUUGAAAAAAUUAGAGAAGAUUUAUCAUCAAGAUUUAACAAAGUUACUGAAUGUGAUAUUGCUUCUUAUAACAUGUUCCCAAAAGUUUAUGAAGAUUUCAGAAAAAUUCAAGAACAAUAUGGUGAUUUAUCAGUUUUACCAACAAAGAACUUCUUAGCUCCACCAAAGAUUGGUGAAGAAAUUACAGUUGUCAUUGAACAAGGUAAAACUUUGAUUAUCAAAUGUAAUGCUGUUGGUGAUUUAAAUAAAGAAACUGGUAUCAGAGAAGUUUACUUUGAAUUAAAUGGUGAAUUACGUAAAGUCUCAGUUGCUGAUAAAAAAUCAAACGUUGAAACCGUUUCAAGACCAAAAGCUGAUGCUCAUAAUCCAAACCAAGUUGGUGCACCAAUGGCUGGUGUCCUUGUUGAAGUCAAAGUUCACAAAGGUUCUGAAGUUAAGAAAGGUGAUGCUGUUGCCGUUUUAAGUGCUAUGAAGAUGGAAAUGGUUAUUUCUGCUCCAGCUGCUGGUUUAAUUGGUGAUGUAUUUGUUAAAGAAGGUGACAAUGUUGAUGCUAGUGAUUUACUAGUUGUCAUUGAAGGCGAAGAAAAGAAAUAG